AUGUGGACAGUGUUCAUCUACCUUUCGCUGCUCGGUUCGGUUCUGACUUUUUCCCAGAGUCCCUUGGAUACUGAGGACUACGAAGGAUAUAUUCGUCAUCGGGACUAUACAAGAAACCAGUCGCCUUGCGGUCCGCGUGUUUGUGCCACUUGCAAUUAUGGAUAUCGCUGGUUCGAGAGUAUUUGCGAGUUCAAUAACUACAAUUCUCGGAUGAUUUUUACUGGCAAAGAAGAAUCCGUUCAAAUGGACGAUCAUUAUUGCCAUGCAUCUCCAUUGCCUCAGAGAAACAGGGGCUACGUUUACAGUAGUACUAGGCGUAAUUACAAAGGUUUGCUGGCUUCCCAACAUCCCCGUUCUACGUACUCCUUCCCACAUGUUCCAAACCCUUGUCCUUCGGAGAACAUUCGGCGUAUACCCGCAGCUUCAUUUUUGGAUUCUUAUGAGGCACCGCAAGUAGAUGCAGUGGAUUAUGUACCUGCGGUUCCGGUCUGGUAUUUUAGGCCGCCUCACUCGCCUUCUCCACCGAGGAGACCUCCUGUCAGCUAUAGGUCUCCGUAUUGGCAUUAUCCGAGCAGGCGACCGGAUGUCACAGACAGACCCUGUUAUGAUGAGACUUCGACUACUAGUACUCAGGCACCAACAUCGACAACAGAGGCUACAACAACCACUACAGAGCUAACAACAACUACAGAAGCUUCAACUACAACUGCAGAGCCUACAACAACCACUACUGAGCCCACAACAACCACUACAGAGCCUACCACAACUACAGAAGCUUCAACAACAACUGCGGAGCCUACAACAACCACUACUAGACCUACAACUACCACUACUGAGCCUACAACAACUACUAUAGAGCCCACAACAACCACUACUGAGUCUACAACAACCACCUCUACCGAAUUACCAACAACAACUAAUGAUCCCUCAACCACCACAGUCUCUGACCCUUCAACAACAACAGUAUCUGAUCCUUCAACAACUACUGUCUCUGAUCCUUCCACCACCACUAAUCUUCAACAACAACAAGCGAAAAUCCAACAACAAUUUCUGAUUCCUCAACAUCAUCUGCAGAUCCUGCAACUACUGAUCCUUCAAGAACCACUACAGAUCCUGCAACUACGACAACUACUGCUGACCCUUCAACAACAACAACUGACCCUUCAACAACUACUGCUGACCCUUCAACAACAACUGCUGACCCUUCAACAACAACAACUGACCCUUCAACAACUACUGCUGACCCUUCAACAACAACAACUGACCCUUCAACAACUACUGCUGACCCUUCAACAACAACAACCGACCCUUCAACAACUACUGCUGACCCUUCAACAACAACAACUGACCCUUCAACAACUACAACCACGGAUCCUUCUUCAACAUCAAAGAACCAACCACUACAACAACAGAACCCACAACCACGACAACAGAACCCACAACUACGACAACAACGGAUCCUUCAACGACAUCCACGACAACCGAAGCAACCACAACACCCGCAGCUUACUUAUCACCACCGGAGGUUCCGUGGUCUACUCUUUCGUUGGUGCCAUUGUGGAAGAGGCUUCGACUACAACAACAACUUCAACAACCACCACCACCACAACCACAGCUACGCCCCCAACAACCACCACAGCUACGCCCCCAACAACCACCACAGCUACGCCUUCAACCACAUUGACAACCACCACAGCUUCGCCCUCUACCUCAUCGACCACCAAAAAACUACCAUAUUACCAAUGGUACGGACAAACCGACUAUACCCAAUCCCAGCUCAUUUAUUAUUAA